GCGAUGUCGAAUCCUGUCCUGCUCCCAUUCAUAAAAAAAUAUAACAUAAUAUCGGGGUGUGUUAAUGAGUGCGUGCAGCAGGGGCGGAAUUGAGAAAAGGAGCGUCUGGGAAAAUAAUUGCAACAUUUACAUUUCGGUGUGACUUUAAAACAAGGGAAAAGACGCGGCUGUGUGCAUGCGUUACAUGCACAUGUCGAACUGCGGUGCUGAAUUAUUCAGCCGACUGGCGAGGGCAGAGCUUAUUCGUUUAUUUAUUUAUUUUUUGCAAGAAUGCCGGGGCCUCCGAUGGCGAAUGGUGUGCGUGUUCGUGCGGUGGUGAUGACACGUGAUGACUCCAGUGGCGGUUGGGUGCCCCUUGGAGGUGGCGGCCUGAGUCAUGUGGUCAUAUGUAAGGGGAGGAGUCAUGACGGCAGGGGGCGGAGAGAAUACAUCAUAUGUGGAGAACGGCUGCGAGAUCGAGCACCGGUGCUGGAGUGCGCAGUUCAAAGGGGGUUAGUGUACAACAAAGUGAACCCCAUCUUCCACCACUGGAGAGUAGAGGAUCGAAAGUUUGGCCUGACGUUCCAGAGUCCCGCCGACGCCAUCUCCUUUGAGAAGGGGUUGCAGACUGUCAUAGACAAGCUCGACAGAGGCUCAGACUCGCCCUCGUCCUCCACACCAGAAGAGGCUGACACCGAGGAUGACGGACAAGCUUCCCAUACAGGAAGUGAGUCGUCCUCCAACAGCAGAAAGGAGAUGCUUCCCAAACCCAUCACCAUAGUGACGAGCGAGUCGUCGUCUACCUGCUUUGUGCGGGCAGAAGAGUUUAGUUUUGGAUCCAGCCAUGCUGUCACCACUCAGACACCUGCUCAGAUCCACACCAGGCCAGGACAGCACCAGCUUUCACAAAUGACGACUGUGUUGAACCCCCCUGCGCCACCGCCUCCACCUCCUGCUCCACCUACUCCUCCUGUGGGUCCCCCGGCCUCGUCUCCUCUUUCCCCCCUCUCGCCCACCAUUUCUCUGCUGGAGGAGGGAGACCUGCGCAUUGUGGACCCUUGCAAAGACCUGUGGGGUUCUCGAGGUUAUGAGGACUACAGACGGGCAGGGGCCACCAGGACUAUGGUCGGUGGGCUGACCGGGGGUGUGGUUGUUGGUGGUGGAGGGAGUCUGCAGGACAAGUCAGAGCUGUGCGUGGUUCGUUUCGAGAAAGAGCUGGCAGGAGUGGGGACGGCAGGCUGUGACGUGACAGUGAGCCUGGACAGCAAAGCUUCCCAGCGUCUUUCCUCGUCGUCGCCCACUUGUAUGUCCAUGCCCAACGCUGUGUCGGGCGUGUCCUCAGGUGCCGGCUCACCCCAGGAGACGGGCAAAGGCUCGCCCUCUCCCUGCUGCAUCCACACCUCACUGGCUACGCCCCGGUCGCGGACUCGUAAGAGAGGAGGAGGGGCCAGCAGCAGCGGCGACCCGGGGGCGAUCUCCCCCGACGACGACAGCCCGUGUCCUCAGGCUUCGUCGUCGUGCUCAUCUCGCUGUGUGUACUGCCGCUCUGUUUUCAGCGCUUCGGAGAACGGGCGGGGCCGCUGCAGAGACGCCCCAGACCCGGCCCUGCACUGCCUGCGCCAGUGGACCUGUGUGUGGUGCGCAGAGAGCCUGCUCUACCACUGCAUGUCGGACUCUGAGGGGGAGUUCUGGGAGCCUUGCUCGUGUGAUGACUCGAUGGGGGGCCACCCGCACCCCCUUUGCUGUGCCCGCUGGUUGGCCCUCCUGGCCCUGUCGCUCUUCGUGCCCUGCAUGUGCUGCUACCUGCCUUUGCGCGCCUGCCUGCGGUGUGGGGAGAGGUGUGGCUGCUGUGGGGGAAAGCACAAGGCGGUCCGAUGAGGCCAGGCUAGGGGAUGGGAGGGGUUCUCUGGACCAAGGAGGUUUGGGUGUUGAGGGAAGAGAGCACCUGUAGGGGAUGCGCGGGAUGGGGAUUAGCAGGUGGAACAGUGCUCUCUGUAGACCCAGACCUCUGAUGUGGCCCUCCAAAGCCCCACAGCCUUCCACUGCAUUCCGCUCUUUCUCUUUUCAAUCUGGGGCCUUCCUCACUGGUCCAUGCCUGCUGAAGGUGCACUGCACUCAGACCGGGCUCUGUGGGAGUCAUCUGGAGCCUUCAAAGUGGAUUUACUGAGGUUUGGCUCAUCUAGAGUUAGCAGUCAGAGACUUUCUCACAGGAAGAGAGUGGCAGAGGCAACGAUGAUGUGUACACUGUUUCAAAUGUCUGUUUUUGUUUUUUUUUUUAUUUAGAGAGAAAAACACAGAAAACAAAAGAUGUUUAUAUAUAUGAUUGUUAUAAUUUCAAUUGGUAUAUUUUAUUAAAUGUAAAACAUAUUGACCGCAUCCCCCUAUGGCACACACUAUCACAUAUUCACAAACAUGAGACUGUGGGAAGUUCUUUGUUUCGUGUUGGCCUGUUCGUCGGUCAGAUGAACAGAUGUCGCCCUUUACCUCUAAGUUUACCUCAUAUGUUACUCAAACCCUGGUUAAGAGAGGAAAAAGAGAAGGGGGAGCGCGGUUUGGAGCGAGUCUGAGCAUCCCAGACCACCAGUGUUGUCUUUUGGUUAAAGCAGUAGACCACAGUGGCAGAAAGAUUAUCAAAUGCAAAGGGACAAUUAUUGUUAGGGGAAGUUGCAAUGACAACCACAAAGACUUAAAAGUCAUAAUGUGAUUCAUUAUGGUCCUUUGUAACCAAAUACAAGAUUAUUUUUGUUUUCCGAAAAAAAGAAGAAAAAAAAAAUCAAGACUGUGUGUCGGACCUGAAACACCCUCACUUUAAACAUAGUUUACUUCAUUUUCCCAUGUAUUCUCAAUAUUAAUCCUAGGAAACAUCGCAUCACACCACUGUACUUGUUGAAUCAGUCAAGGUGCUUACAACUGAGGCCUCUGAGCGAGUCUAUUCUACCUAAAGUAUACAACGACCUUACAGUCCCAACCCCAAAGAAAGACGAAACAGGACCCCGUGCUAACCAAUCUCAAGGUGCGUCCCGACCUUCGAACGAGAUGCCACCAAAAAACAAAACAGAAAGAAAAAUUAAGUGCAAUGAACAGUGUAUUGAAGAGUAUUUUUGUACCAGUAAAGAAAAACUGAAUGGAACUCGAAAAGCGUUGGAACUGAAUACUGUAGGGUGUUAUUGUGUUCGGCAUCAAGCAGAAAAGACGGAAAGGAACACAAAGUUGUCUUUGAGCGGCUGCACGUAGCUCACAGGUGUGACAUUUAAAGGUGCACGCCGCAGACUGCUGACCCUGUGAUAAGAAAAGAGACGCAUUAACUUGAAAAAGAUGAAUGGCGGUGGGUCUUUGUUUGGGCACAGUGGCAGAUGUGUUUGCUGAAUGUUGCUUUAAGUAUGAAGUCAAAAAAAAGCUGCUAUUUUAAGUCCUGUCCGAACCCUAUUCAAAUGUACCCACUGCCUCUUAGCAGUCUCUGAGGUGGUGUGGCAGUCAAGUUCUUACUCCACCCAAGGUGCUGAGGAGGCUGAAGAGUGUGUGAGGAAGGUUUUUUUGUAAGUUUACAGCUGGGCUUAAAGAUAAGUUCACCCCAAAACGUUUUUUUUUCUUAGAAAAUGCUUCUAGUGAUGUACCUUGCAUUUCUGUGUCUAUUUUGCUGAUUUGGUGGUAUAUUUUUCUACUUCCAGUGAAUUACUGGCCAAGGGUAGAUUUAAAAGCUAUUUCCAUCACAGCUACGACUGAUUUUCUUAACUGAAUGUUUUUCAAAAAAUCUUAAUAAGUCACCAUAAACAUGUUUUUGUUUUUAUUUUUUUUUAUUAUUGUGUGCGUGCGUGCGUGUGUGUGUGUGUAUAAAUCUUUCAGAAUCAAAGAAUGGCCUUUUGUGCUGCCUCCACUUUGCACCCGUGUUUAAACAAUCACGCAAGGUUAAAAUAUUUUUUCGAGGAGGAGGAGACAGCAGCUCCUCGAGGCUCUGAUAGCACCUACACAGCUGUCAUUAAUGCUCUCCUCCCCUACAUGAAGAACCAGCUACUGAGUGCAACAAGCUCGAGUCUGGUUUACUGUGAGCUGAUGUUGGAAAAAUAAUCAGAAAGCAGGCUAGACCGCGGCUUGACUACGAAGGUUGCGUUAAAAACAGGACCGCUGAAAAGCAAAGGACGACGAAUAAUCUCAAAAUAACUCAUGAAAUGCGCCGAGCAUCACAGAAUGAAGAUAUUCUGACAGUGUGAGAGGAACUCCGGGGGGUCCCUUUAAAUCAAAGAUGGGAAUACAUACAUACGCUCUGAGGCCAGCCAGUCUCCCGUCUCAGUCCCAGAUUGAGGAUCGCCUGGUAGACCCUCAAUUAUGGCAGAAUGAACCUUUCAGAAGCUUCACUGGAUUAUCUACACUUUAAGCUUAGCCAAGAACUUUUAUCCAAAGUGACUUAAAGUGAGCGGACGGGCAGGAGGGUUCAGAGUCAGGUCACAUGACUGCCGAUGAACACGACCUUUGACAUCUCGGUUACGGGACAGUCGUCUGCACUACUAAGCCAGCUCGCAAAACAACGUCCAAUCAGAAAAGAACAAAAAGAAAAACAGAAAAAAAACCAUCCUGUCACAAUAGCAGGAAAUACAAACUCAGCUGGUCACUAACCCCCUACCCCAACACCCACACACACACACACACCCACAAUUCUGCAAUGCAUAGACCUGCGCACACACGCGCACACACAGACACACACAUUCACUCGAUGGUGCAGAUACACAGAAAUAGUAAAGCCAUUGCACACAGUUUGCUACUUCUGGUUCAGAAACGGUGUUAGCGUACAGUACUGACAGUCAUAUGAUCACAACUGCAGGCCCCAUUCUUACAUCUUAAUAAAUGUGCCUUUUGAUUUGAGUAAUCAAUAACUUAUGAUUUCUGUUAAGUAACUCUGUGUUAAGUACUAUUUACUUUUUGGGUUAUUGAUUUCUGCCAAUGUGCAUAUUUUCAAAUGUACGUAUUUAUUAGUUUCAAAGUAAUUAAUGAGAUAUUACCUGUUUAUUUAUUUAUUGAGAUAUUUAUUCUGAUUCUUUAUUUUUUUGAGAUAGGUUUUUAUCUUCCGUGCUGUCUUACUUCUGACUUUGUGCCAAUGUGCUGCUUUGAGGUGUUACAUAUCGUGGGUUUGUAUCAUUAUUAAA